AUGGCGGCAACAUCACCACUCUACAAUCAGCUCAAGGAUGCUGAACCAUUUUUCUUGUUGGCUGGUCCAAAUGUGAUCGAAUCCGAGGAACAUAUUCUUCGAAUGGCAAAGCACAUCAAACACAUUGCCACAAAAGUUGGGUUGCCACUGGUUUUCAAGUCAAGUUUUGAUAAAGCUAACAGAACUUCCUCAAAGUCCUUCCGGGGUCCUGGCAUGGCUGAGGGUCUCAAGAUUCUUGAGAAGGUGAAAUUAGCAUAUGACCUACCAAUUGUAACUGAUGUUCAUGAGGCGUAUCAGUGUGAAGAAGUUGGCAAGGUUGCAGAUAUAAUUCAGAUACCAGCAUUCUUAUACCUUCUGGUUGCGGCGGCCCAAACCGGAAAAAUUAUCAAUAUUAAGAAAGGACAGUUUUGUGCUCCUUCUGUGAUGGAAAAUUCGGCCGAGAAAGUCAGAUUGGCUGGAAAUCCGAAUGUGAUGGUUUGUGAAAGAGGAACCAUGUUUGGAUACAAUGAUUUGAUAGUAGAUCCACGAAACUUUGAAUGGAUGAGGGAAGCUAACUGUCCUGUUGUUGCUGAUAUAACCCAUGCACUACAACAACCUGCAGGCAAAAAGUUGGAAGGUGGUGGUGUUGCUAGUGGAGGCCUUCGGGAGUUAAUACCCUGCAUUGCCAGAACAGCUGUUGCAGUUGGCGUCGAUGGAAUUUUUAUGGAGGUUCAUGAUGAUCCUCUAAGUGCUCCAGUUGAUGGUCCAACUCAAUGGCCUUUGCGUCAUUUAGAAGAACUCCUAGAGGAGCUCAUUGCGAUUGCUAGGGUCACAAAAGGGAAGCAGCGAUUCCAGAUCGAUCUCACACCUUACCGCGACUAG